CUCCGCCCGAGAAGGAGGCGGAGGAAGUUCCGAGGCUCCCGUAGCCGCUUUCCUGCCCGGCUUCCCCGCCUCCCUCCCGGCAGACAUGGCGGCGCCCGCCCCGCAAGAGCAGCAGCAGGACGCGGAGCUGGAGGAGCUCCUCGAGAGUGCCCUCGAUGACUUUGACAAGGCCAAGCCAGUCCCAUCGCCUCCCCCUUCAGCUGCCUCCGUCGGGGACGGCAGCGUCUCUGAGAAAUCGCCUGGAGAUGCUGCCAAGGAUUCCCUCUUCGCCUCGCAGGAGAAGUUCUUCCAGGACCUCUUUGAUAGCGAACUGGCCUCCCAGGCCACGGCUGAGUUUGAGAAGGCCAUGAAGGAGUUGGCCGAGGAGGAACCCCACUUGGUGGAGCAGUUCCAGAAGCUCUCCGAAGCAGCAGGCAGAGUCGGAAGCGACUCCAACUCCCAGCAGGAGUUCACUUCCUGCCUGAAAGAGACGCUCAGCGGCUUGGCAAAGAACGCAGACGACCUCCAGAACUCCAGCGUCUCUGAGGAGGAGCUUGCGAAGACCAUGGAAGGCCUCGGCUUGGAGGAAGGAGACGGCGAAGGGAGCCUCCUGCCCAUCAUGCAAAGCAUCAUGCAGAACCUGCUGUCGAAAGACGUGCUCUACCCCUCCCUGAAGGAGAUCACGGAGAAAUACCCAGAGUGGCUGCAGAGCCACCGCGACUCCCUGCCACAGGAGCAGUUCGAGAAGUACCAGGAGCAGCACAGCAUCAUGGGCAGGAUCUGCGAGCAGUUUGAGGCCGAGCUGCCCACCGACGGAGACACGGAGCACAAGGCCCGCUUCGAGAUGGUCCUGGACCUCAUGCAGCAGCUCCAAGACCUGGGCCACCCCCCCAAGGAACUGGCGGGAGAAUCGCCCCCCGGCUUGAACUUCGACCUGGAGGGAAUGAACCUGCCAGACGCAGCCAGCUCGGGAGGAGGAGACCAGUGCCAGAUCAUGCGUCAGUUCUACAGCGCCAGUUCCCAGAGAGCUCCUGGAUCUACUCUGCUCGAAAAGGGAGUCGGGGAAAGGGCGAAUUCACGAGAAAACGCGAUGUCAGACGCAGGAAGUAGCACAGAUGGGAAAACAGAUUUACCCAACGGAAGCUUAUCCAGCAGCCCGGAGGAGAUGUCUGGCGCCACGGAGGGCCAUGAGACGUCCUCAGGGGUGGAGGUCGAGGCUUCUGACCUGAGCCUGAGCCUCACGGGGGACGAGGUGGGGCCCAACCGCACCUACACAGAGAGCUCGGCGGAGGAGAAGGACUCGGACAGCAUGGACGACACGGGCCACUACUCCAUCAACGAGAUGAACCGCACCUACGACCGCUCGCACUCGGAAGAGGAGGAGGAGGAGGAAGAAGAGGAGGAAGAGGAAGAGGAAGAAGAGGUGGAGGCGGCCGAGGCCCAGCGGUCCCGCCGGCGAGCCCAGCGCAAGCGUCCCAACCGGGACCGGGACUCCUCGGACGAUGAGCGGGCCCUGGAGGACUGGGUGGCCUCGGAGACGACGGGGCUGCCUCGGCCGCGCUGGCGGGCGGUGCAGGCACUGCGGGAGAGGGCUCUGGGCUCCUGCGCCCGCUUCAUCCACGAGGCCUGCGGCGCCCAAGUCUUUGUGCAGCGCUUCCGGCUCCAGUACGGGCUGGAGGGCCACACGGGCUGCGUCAACACCUUGCACUUUAACCAGCGCGGCACCUGGCUGGCCAGUGGGAGCGACGACCUCAAGGUGGUGGUCUGGGACUGGGUGCGGAGGCAGCCGGUGCUGGAGUUUGAGAGCGGCCACAAGAGCAACGUCUUCCAGGCCAAGUUCCUCCCCAACAGCGGGGACUCCACCCUCGCCAUGUGCGCCCGGGACGGCCAGGUCCGCGUGGCCGAGCUCUCUGCCACCCAGUGCUGCAAGACCACCAAGCGGGUGGCCCAGCACAAGGGGGCUUCGCACAAGUUGGCCCUCGAGCCAGACUCCCCCUGCACUUUCCUCUCGGCUGGCGAAGACGCCGUGGUCUUCACCAUUGACCUGAGACAAGACCGGCCAGCUUCGAAGCUGGUGGUGACGAAAGAGAAGGAGAAGAAGGUGGGCCUCUACACCAUCUACGUGAACCCGGCCAACACCCACCACUUUGCUGUCGGGGGCAGAGACGAGUAUGUCAGGGUCUAUGACCAGCGGAAGAUCAACGAGAACGAGAACAACGGGGUGCUGAAGAAGUUCUGCCCUCACCACCUGGUGAACAGCGAUUCAAAAGCCAACAUCACUUGUUUGGUCUACAGCCACGAUGGGUCAGAGCUUGUGGCCAGCUACAACGACGAGGACAUCUAUCUCUUCAACGCGUCCCACAGCGACGGAGCCGAGUACCUGAAGAGAUACAAGGGGCAUCGGAACAACGCCACAGUGAAGGGCGUCAACUUCUACGGCCCCAAGAGCGAGUUUGUGGUGAGCGGCAGCGACUGCGGGCACAUCUUCCUGUGGGAGAAGUCGUCCUGCCAGGUGGUGCAGUUCAUGGAAGGCGACCGAGGAGGCGUGGUCAACUGCCUGGAGCCCCACCCUCACCUCCCAGUCUUGGCCACCAGCGGUUUGGAUCACGACGUCAAGGUCUGGGCCCCGACGGCGGAGGUGCCCACCCAGCUCACCGGCUUGAAGGAGGUGAUAAAGAAGAACAAGCGAGAGCGGGACGAAGACAGCCUGCACCACACGGACAUGUACGAGAGCCACCUGCUCUGGUUCCUGAUGCACCACUUCCGACAGAGGCGGCACCACCGGCGCCGAAGAGAUCCAGGCACCGGGGCGACGGACAGCGACUCGGACGAAUCCCCCAGCUCCUCUGACACGUCGGACGAUGACGAGGAAGGCCCGGAUCGGGUGCAGUGCAUGCCUUCUUGAGACCCCCCCCCCCGAGGAUGAGGAAGAGGUGGGGGCGUAAAGAGUGUGCAGACUUGAAUCGGCAACAAGAUGCGCACCACUUUGAAUUGCCAUCUGUCCCCCCUCCCUGCUUUUUACUGAAACACCAAGGAAAGCCCCCCCCGCCCCCCCCGCCCUCCUUGUCGCUUGCCCUCCCCCAGGGGCAACCUGCUUGGCAUUAAUUGCACUUGGACUUUGCUUUGAGGGGGGCAGGGGGGGACACAAACAUGGGACACCCUGGGAUCCCCUUCUGCUCUCCCCCUCCCUCCUCCUCUCUCUCUCUCUCUCUCUGCCUCGGUUUUGGCAUGGGGAGGAGGGAGGCCUGCCCCCUUCCACCCCCCCAUUUCCCCAGAGGCAUGGGGUGGGGGGAGUGGGGAGGGAAGGGGCUUGGUUGCUGAACCCCCCCCCCCCGGCCAUUCCCUGUGAAGCUUCCUUUUGAGUGAGCUGAGUUCGGGUUCUGCCUCCCUCCUCCUCUCCUUUCAGAUGUUGGUGUGAGCCCCAAAGGGGGCAUUUUUUUGGAGGUUUUGUGCUUUUUUCUCCCGCCCCCCCCCACUCCCGUUUUUGAGGAGCGCCCUUGCUUGCCCGCUUUCAGGAUGAGCAAACUUGGACUCUUUGCUUUAUUUCUGAUUACAUUUUCUUUUUUUCAAGGGGGGGGCGUUCUUCUCCCUCCGCCUCCUGUUUUUUGUGUUCUUCCUUCAGCAGAGUUUUAGAGGCAUGAAGAACCCCCUUUUGCAGUCUAGAGCUUGCCUUGGCCCCCUCGGACGCCCCUUCGCCCAACCUUUUCAGAGAGUAAAGGGUUUUUGGUUUUGGUUAAGAGAGGUUUAAAUGCAGAGAGGAGUCGUGGGGCUGAUUCCCUCCCCUUUUGCGGUGGGGAGGGGGGCUCACUGCUGCCCUGCGGAGGGAGAGGGGUUCUCGUGGGAUCCCCUCCAUUUGCCCGAAGGUUCUUUGUGUUUCAUUUCCCCCCGCUCCCCUUCCCUUUAAAAAAUAAUCUUAUUUGUUUUCGAAAACAACUGCCCUUCCCCCCCCCCAUCGCUGUUUAGAGGCCUAAUUUUAUAUGUAUUAAACAAGACAAGAACCAAAUUAAAACUUGGAUGUUAUCAAGUUAAAAUUAUUGUAAAAGUUUAAAUAUAUAUAUUAUAUAAAUGCAAUAAAAGAAUUGAGAGACA